ACGUGCCCUGUGAUAUUUGUUUUGCCAAAUAUGAUGAAAACCUCUAAACAAACUCAAAUAUAGCAUCAACAUGAAUAUUAUGAUCGCAUAUUGUUAAAAUGUCAUACGAGUGUAUAUGGACGGAUAACAAUUCUUUAAAUACCAAAUUAAAAGAUAUUCCCACGGAACACAAAGGAAAUGAAUUUGUACUUACUGAUGUGAAAUACGUAGACGCAAGAAACACCGAGAAUGAGUCAUUGCUAGCUGGAGAAAAGCACACACAUUCUGAGACUGAAGUGAAAAAGAAAUCAAAUCUUGACAAAUAUCUUGAUGACCUUUACGAAAAGGAACUCGUGUUCCAUAUUGAUCAGGAAGAAACUGAAUUAAUUCAAACAGGUGUUGAAACAUUGGUGAAAGAACUCAUACGCGUCACCCGACUGGAAGAGAAUGAAGCUAUCCAACAAGAAACUAUAAAAGUUAAAGCAGCAUUCAAUUAUUUACAAAGUAUCGACGAAGAAAGUCUUGAAGAUGCCGAGCUUAUAAAAGUUGGAAGUUUCUAUGAAGGCGCACAAAAUGCAUUUCCAAAUGAUUUUGAUUUCGUGUUCGUCUUAGGUAAUUUCAGAAGUGAUCGGAUUUUACGGAGUGUUGUGCGAUACGAAGAUGCGCGAUAUGAUGUUUUGUAUGACCUACAUUACAAGGACAGGGACAAUUUUGUCCAUAACGCUCUGCGGACUGUAUCGACCAGGAUACGGAGUAUUUACUUCAUGGAGGACAAUAGGGACAGAAUGGUUGCUGAUGAAGAAACUAUCAACCUUGGAGAAAUGGAAGGGUUCAGGUCGAUCGUUUUUGACAAAUACGUCAUAAUUGAUGAGAAAGCUUCCAAACUGCGUUUCAUAUAUCAGAAUGAGUUUGGACACGCCACGUAUAUCAAUGUUAACAUCAUUCCGGCUUUCAGAGUAUAUGAAACUCCAGGGUUAAGAGAAAACGACGAAAUAUGCAAGUCGCCAUUUGUUUCGACGGAAGUAGCGAGAACCGGAAGUGUUUUGAUUGUUUCUGGACUGGUGUGGUUCUCACAGUCGGAGGUAGAUUUCAUGAAUAAUGUUCUGUCUAAGCGGCACAAGAAAGUUUACAGAAUAAUCAAGUAUUUAGUCGGAGGGAGAAUGUAUACUGAUGCUAUUUACGAAAACCUCGUUGAAACUGGGCUAUGGCGAUACAAUACAGGUAUAAUGUCCUCGUACAUGGUUAAGGCCCUCAUCAUUUCACACCAUUAUAUUUGUAAGCGCGAUGAGAGUGAACACGAGGCACCCUGUGUAAUAGAUAUUCUGACGCAUCUGAAGGACAUAAAGUCUAACAAAAACGUCCAGCUGCUGACCGAUGUUGUGCACACACCGAACUUCUUUCGAUCCGAGGUUCGAUACAACAGGCUUCGAGAUAUGUUAGAAGUAUUUCAAACUUAUCAAAGAUCCUGUAAACCGUACUGCUAUGAAUCAUGCACGACGGUUCCCAUUAACAAAGCUUUGCUUGAUUGUUUUGGAACACGUGUGUUCCGUAAAGCGCUGCCUAAACCUGCAGACAUACAGAGAAAGAAAGAAAGACCAAAUGCUAUGGUUGCAUACUGUCCAGUAGUCAUAAACUACCUACUGAUAAUUGCAUUGGUUCUCUACGUACUUGUUAGUUUUCAUAUACUAACUGGGUAUUUCGGUGAACCUUAUCCAUAGAAAAGAAGAAGAAAAAUUACACGAUUUGCCGUCCAAGAGCUAAAUAAUGCCCGGCAGGAAAUCAGAAGAUCCGGGAUCCUACAAACUGACUGUGCAUUUCAUUUUUACCCGGUUAAAGUACAUUGUUAAAUGGGCUAGAAGUCCUGAUAUGUAUAAGAACAUAUAUGUACAUCAUUUAUUCAUUUUAAAUUUAAGUCCACUUGUUAUAUUAUUCAACUCAACUAGAACAUAAGGGAUGUAAAUAAUGGAGGCUGAUUUAGAAAAAAAAAAUAAAUACAACACAACAGCGUGUGUUAUAUUACAUUCGUAGUAUGAAAGAACAUGUUUAUUAAUAAACGUCUUUUUGCUAUUACAUGAAUUUAUCAUGUAACAAAUACGUGUAAAUAACAGUCGCCAUUUUAUUCUUUUCAUUUUGUCAAAACCAUUAUGUACUCAUAUAUUUCAUACGCCCCUGAUGCUGGAAAACUUCACGAUGUUUAAGGGAUGUCUUAGUACAUUUUAUGUUGACAUAUGAAAUAAAAAUUACUAAUCUCUGUGUCCAUCUAUACAAUGUUCUUGAAUGUCAUCUUGAGGUAUGCUAGAGUUUAGACUUGUUCGAGACCAUCAAUUUGUACUUUUUCACAAAACGCGAAUGGUUUCUCAAGAAAAAAUCAGCGAUAAUUGUUUACACCUUUUUAGCCUGUCCCUGAAAGAAAUAUUUUUCUUCAUAAUUUCAAUUAAACAUAAACUAUUGCAAAGACACAUUUUAGGACUAUUUACUGAAACAAUGUAUGUACAUUUAGCUACCUACUUUGUUAGAAAGAACAGUCUACCAGUUAAAGCUCAAAAUUCCCGUUUCAUAUAAAAAAAAUCUUUUAAUCAAUACACUGCAGCUUUAUAAUUAGAAAAAAAGUAGGACAUCUGUUCUGUAUGGAUUCUGUAGAGUGUUCAGCUGUGUGAAUUUAUGGAACGUAUUCUGCGCAGUACACUGCAUUAGAAUGCGAACACUAACCUCCCUUCCAUUUGGAUUAUGAUAAUUAUAGUCGUUUGAAUGCUUACCUAAACAUUUAACGUAAAAUAUAUGAUUGUCUUGUAAUACAAUAUAUAAAUGAUAUGUCAUAACAGACUUAAAGAUGACUUUGAAAAUAACAGACAUUACUAAUAGUGAUAAAACACAUACUUAAUUGGACAAAUGUACGGAGGUAGUGUCGGAAUCCUUUGUAUUUGAAUCUUUGUUUAAGUCAAGGGCUUUAUGCAAAUAUGCAUUAUAAAACAAGAUUUGUGGUAGAACGUCUGCUCAAAGGACGGGGUUCGUGGGUUUGCUGCAUGUCCGCAUGAAGACGUGAACAAAUGGUACAAGUAGCUCCCUUGAUCCAGUGGCUUUUUGAAACUCUUGAACUGAUAAUGAAUAAAACCUUUAACAGAACUCUAUGUUAACUUUGAAGUUGUCAUUAACGCGUCCAGUUAACUCCAAUGAAGUUUUUAGAAAUGAUUUGAAGACAAUUAACAGAAAGUUCGCUGACCUUUGUAUUGGUUUAUAAAUUAAAGUAGAUUGUAAGGUAUAUUUAUAUUUUCAUAAAUUGUCCUUUUCAUAUCGAUCUUUAGGAACUUUCAAACACCAUUAACUUUUAAUCAGUCAGCUGCUUAACUUAUUAAUGAAAUGUCACUUUUCUUGAUACUAUCUUGUAUCAAUCACACCAACAGCUACGUGUCCAGAUGUUGUUUCUCUUAAUUUUAGAAAACUUGUCCAUUCAUUUCUAGAAACUUGACUUAUUAAGGCUUGUAUUGAAGAAGAAAAAGGAUAGAAAUGGACGGAAAAUUCAUAAUAGUUGUUCUUAUGUUGGGAAUGCUUACCUUGUCUAGUGUGCAAAAUUUUUAUGUUGGUGCGGUAUACACAUGUGUUCCUGAGAGUCCCGGUUGUACAAAUGGCGCCAACCCAGUUAGCAUGUCGUUAUGUACUGGUUGCACCAUAGAUGACAUCUGCUGUGAUGAGGUUUGAUGUUUACUGUUUGCAGAUUUCGUUUCCAAGUUCACAGCGGGACUUACUCAUAAUUUUGGUUAUUAAACUAAUA